AUGGAUGUAGAGGGGGAGGGCCUUGGACUUCCCAAAGGUGAAGAAAAAAUCUAUAUUUGGGCGCCCUCGGGCAGAGCAGUCACGUCGCACAAACAGAUUUACUAUUAGGACAAAUAAGACGAUGAGGAGUUCGAGUACCGGCAUGUCAUGUUGCCCAAAGACAUAGCCAAGUUGGUCCCUAAAACCCAUUUGAUGUCUGAAUCUGAAUGGAGAAAUCUUCGUCUUCAGCAGAGUCAAGGAUGGGUCCAUUAUAUGAUCCAUGAACCAGAACCUCACAUCUUACUGUUCUGGUGGCCACUACCCAAGAAGCCAAAGAAAUGA